ACACGUACAAACAGAGAGAGAGAGAGAGUGAGACUGAGAAAGAGAGAGAGAGAGAGAGAGAGAGAGAGGGUGUGUGUGUAGGUGGUGAAAGAAGAAGAAGAAGAAGAAGAUGCCAAGAAGCAGUUUCUCAGGGAUGAUAUCAGGGCCAAAGGUUGAUGUGAUAGUCGACUUGGGGAACCCCUUGCUCAACCAUACUUUCGAUGGCUUCUUGAAGAUCGGAACCGUCGCUGCUACAAGAGCUGCUGCAGAGGAUGCUUACAAGAUGGUCAAGAAAGGGAGCAUUUCCACUCACGAUGCUGAGCACACUUUGAAGAAGAUGUGUAAAGAAGGUGCAUAUUGGGGAACUGUAGCCGGAGUAUAUGUGGGAGCAGAGUAUGGUUUAGAAAGGGUCCGUGGCACCAGAGACUGGAAGAAUGCCAUGAUGGGGGGUGCUUUGACAGGGGCUCUAGUAUCUGCAGCCACCAAUAAGGGCAAGGAUAAAGUUAUUGUGGAUGCAAUUACAGGAGGUGCCAUUGCAACCGCUGUGGAAUUCAUCAACUAUCUCACCUGAACAUGGAAGUAUUAAAUAUUCUAACCGAUCUCUCUGCAGAUCCAGAAGAACUAUGUAGUAGGUUUCUUGUGUCUUUUUUCUCAUGAAGUUGUUGCAUUGUAAAACGAAUGUUCAAGUGUUCUUCAACUAAACUACUGAAGGUUGAUACAAUGGAUUAUGAAUCCCAUCUUCAAAUAUUAUCAUUCUCGAGCAA